AUGUAUAUACCGCAUACCCCAUUUCAAGAUCUGGGAGGGUUGAUCUUCGCCGUACAACUCUGUGCGCGCUCUGCAGCUGCUCCAUGGGGAGUCAUUGGCAUUGACUCACCCACGACCACCUACGCCGUAACCUGUGCGCCAUCCCCUUCGACCAAGAAGUGCAACUUCGGACGGCGAGAAAUUGUUGAGGCGUCACCCACCUUCCGCGAGAUCGCGACUCUACGUAACGAUGCUAUCUGCCACUUGCCCCACGGCAAUGGGUAUGGCAAUACGUGGAGUUCCAGCACACCGGAGCAGAUGUGGUUCUACGAUGUGACCAUCACCGCUACGGAGAUCAACACGUCACCUCCCACGGGGACAGCAUCUUCAACAGCUACGUCGCAUGCUUCUCAUUCGUGCGCCACUGAAAGUGCUACCUCUUUUACGGGAUCAACACCAACGCCAGGAAGCAGUGAGAGCAGUAAUGCGGGUAUUGCCCAAGCCACUGCGCUCAUCCCCUGGGCAGCCCCGUGA